UAUGUAUUGGUUCUCAGUGCAAACCACCUGUCUAGCAACCACAUAUACUUUCUACCUAUUCCAUAGCUGUAAUCAAAACUAAACAAAGCUUUUGAGUUUAAAGCUGCAGCGAUGCUUGAGUGUAAAUGUAUAAAAAACCUCGUCGGCUUUGCUGCUAGCAGGCCUCCUUUUGUGAUAUUCACUUUAUGCUUAGCUAUUUUUGCUGCCGGAUUAUUUUCCAUUGGUUAUUAUGUACAGUCUUAUGGCUAUGAAGGAGCUGAAAUGUCGCAAUGGAAAACACUCAUAAAACAUGUGUCUGACAAAGAGUUUUGUAUGUAUGGUAAUAACAUGUCCACCCAAGUCAAUACCACCAACACUACCAUUCAGUCAACACCAAGCAGUCUAAAUCUUGUCCAAGUCAACCUCCCUGUUGUUCUCAGAUUUUCCCCAAACAGCCUCUUCUUUGGCAGUGUCCAAAACAUUUCUCAUGUAACUACAGUAGUCCAAGGAUCUGAGCUUGGUCUUAGAGGUGAAAUGGCUUCGCAGUUGGUUAACUUUACCUUCUCAUUGGAAAAGCCAUGGUCUCAGUCCUGUGGUAACCAAAAGUGCCAGGGUUCGGUAUUUAGUACUUGUGUAUCAGCUUUGCUUCCAGAAGGAAUGAUUCCUAAAGAUAUUCCACAUUAUUAUUGCAAUGCCACAAGGUUGCAAAACAUGGCAUUAAUGGUGACCUCAAACCAUUGUGGCAAGUACUGUUGCAUAGAUGGAAUCACUGCAAAAGCCUUAUUCCUUAGGUAUUUUCAGUCACAGCCCAAUCUGGAGGGUCCGUCGGAAAUGGGACUAAAUGAUUGGGAUACAGUGAAUCUUCGAUUACAGUACUCAAGCUAUUUCUUGUUUGUGAUGGCAAUUACAUGUAUCUUGUACGGAAUGAUCAGAGGACGGUCAGUGAAAUCAGUAUCCAAAAAGGCAAAUGGUCAAACAAUCUAAGAAGAAACCUUCCAUGCAUAAACUAAACAUGGACAACUUAACAUUAAAGGAUCCUGCCAUUAAUCCAACAUACAGUAUAUAAUGAAUGAAAGAUUGAAUGACUGAAUGAAAGAAUGAUAAUCUUAUGGUCACAGUAAACUAACUGAUAAUGAAAAAGGGCAUGGAUAAUAGGUAUAAUUUAUUAGCAGCACCAAAUAGGCCAGAAAACCUAACAGACCAAAGCUCCACUUACAGGGAUCCAAUGGAUUUAUGAGGUGGUUAUUUUGGUUAUUUAGUAUGAGGCAUAAAGGCAGUGAGGGUGUCCACUGCCAGGGGUUCCUUACAUUUUCAUGAUGAAGUGUGAAGAGAUGGGACCACCAUUUAAUGUAGUUAUAUUAUAAACAGAUAAAAAGUUGGUGUAAAAAACCUAGGAAUGAGAAUGUUGACUUAUUUAUAGUACUUGAAGAGGAUUUCACACUUGCCACUUGCAAAGCUAAAAGUAAUUUUAUGUGAUAAGUCUUCCUGUAAACUGUUUCUAUAAUUACAUGGCCCAGAUACCUUGCUAAAAUUUGAGACACCUUGGUAUUUUUGUUCGGCCUAAAAUUUUCAAUCUCCUCCUUGUCUUCAAGGCAUGGUUUCCACUCAAAGAUAUUUUCUAAUAGCUCUAUUAUGUCCCGAUGAGGAUGUCAUCCUCAAAGAAAGCAAACAUGGAAAUGACCAGGAAACAAACAUGUUUUGUAGAUAGAAGGUAUAGAUACCACGUAGUGUAGCACUUAAAAGUUUAUUUUUGUGGAGGGAGGAAAACUGGAAAAAACCCCUCGGAGCACAGGAGAAAACCAACAAACAACUAAACUUGAUGUAGAUGUUUUUGUGUGGCCUGGAGCCCUCUUGAGCCUAAUUAAUUUAAUAACUUUUCCCUCCUUAAAUCCCCCUCCCCCCAUCUCAGUAAAAAAAUGAAAAACACCAUGGGUGCCUUCAGAGUCUGAAGGAAGUUCAAAUAAUGAUGUGUGAAACAAACUAAAACAAUCCACUGUUUUUGAAAACAGUUUUAUUCUUACAAAUACAAAUAAAUUCAGUUCCACAAAAGAAAUGGUUUUAAUGAUUCUUUACAGGACAGUGUAAUGUGUAUUUUAAUUGCAUAGACUAGUAAAGUCGAGGUAAAUUACAUUGCAACAUUAAUUUUAAAUAUCUAAUUUCAAUAUAAGAUAAAGACAGCUUGGCUAAAUUGACCUUUUCCGAGUUUGCUUUGCUGACCCAUUGAGUGACUUUGAAACAUGUCUCAAAGUUGGAAUAGAUGAAAUGCAGUAAACGUAGACUUGGAGCCGUCGUUUUGUGGUCAUUCCAGUAAAAUGGAGGAAGGAAUCUAUAUCACCUUCACGGAGGGUAUUUCAGCAAUACUGAGAGCCCUGUGGGUGGACCAAUUCAUGACACCAUCUGCAACCCAGUGUAUGAUCUUAGAAGCAUGGAAAAUAAGCUGUACCUCCAAAAACCCUGAACACUAUCUGAAACCUAGUUUUAGUUAUUGUGGAGCAGCUUUAUGGAACAGUCCCUUCCAUUGUUUAGACAGGCUCGCAUGGCAAUCAUGGAAAACAGUAUUUUUUUAUUAUGAUUUAUAUGUUUACUGAUGAUUUUACUGUGUCUAAAUAAACUCACAUAUGCACGUCU